AUGAAGCCGUUUGCCUAUCGUGAGAGAGAGGAAGACGAUUUUGAAAUUAUUGAAACGUAUCAAAAGAAAAUAAAUCAGGCUCGUGAAUCAUCCUCUUCCGAUAGUGAUUUUGAAAUAAUAGAAACAUAUCAAGAUGUGUUAAAAAGAAGAGAGUCUAAAAAGAAUAUUUAUCCGCAGCCAAGCAACGGAAUUGAAGCAGUUGGCCGUCCUCGGAAUAGUAUGAACAAUAUUGGUCAAUUAAUGAGCCCGAAAGGACAAAUCAAUAGGCCACCAUCUGUUUCAAUGAACAAUACUGUAAUAUCAUCCAAUGUUUCAAAUCUAGACAAUUCUCAAUUACAUAACCACAGAAAAGCAUAUGUCAUUUAUGACUUCAAACCCGAUUUUGAGUUGGAGUACAUCAAACGAGUAGAACAUGAAGUGAAAAUGGAAGAAGAGGAAGAAAAGAGACAAAAGAUCCAAUUUAAUUUACUGUUACAAACUCUGAACGCCAAAUCAAACACAGAGCGAAAUCUAAUGUCACCAACAUUAAUUAACAUCAAUGAAAAUAUUAUUCCUCUUCCGUCGCUCACAAAUCCAUCAAGACCCCCAAAUUCUUCAACAACAACCGUUCCACAAAGCUCAACCCAAACUGUUCAAAGUUCAUCAGGAUUUACCUCGCCUAAUUUAUAUUCAUCAUCAUUUAAUGAACCUACUUUUCCGACAGAAGCAGAGCGAGAUAGUUAUAAUCAUGCUAUUGAAAUUGGAUUUUCUCCUGAUAUUUCCUUCUUUGCAACUGAAGCUUAUAAAGGCGAUAAAAUUAAGAUACUGGAUUUUCUGGACAAACAUAAACAGCUGUCAGAGAUGAAUUUUAAGGAUUUAGAUAUAAGAGAAGCAUUAUUGUUGACAGAUAGAAGUUUAGAUCAAUCUUUGGAUUUGCUUGUUCAAAAAUCGCCCAAUCACUAUCAACCUACUCCUAAUUUCUACACCUCACCAUCCCAACCCUCUAAUUUGCACUAUUUAAAUUAUUAA